GAAUACGAGUAACGUAAUCGAAUGUCGAACUUCGAAGCACCAAUUAUUUGGAGGAUUUGAUCUGUGCAAUUCCUCUCGAUGAACUAAUCCCAACUGCACUAAACUUUGCAGCAAUAGCGAUAGUAAUGGAUCAAGAUACAGCCAAGCGGCUUCUGGCCGAGGGAGCUGUUUUACUUAUCGAAGAUGCCCCUCAAGGAUUGGAAUUUGGCAUUGACUGUCAUGCAUGGCGAGUUGGGCCAAGGUUUCGAGGUGUGAAGAUGAUUCCACCAGGCUUCCACUUUGUGUUUUAUAGUGCUGUAAAUACUGAGGGACAGGCUGCUCCAAGAAUGAGCUUCUGCCAUGUAUUUGAACGCCAAGAGGUAGUGGUGAAGCGUUGGAAUUCGGUGGAGGAAGACCUCAUGGAUGAAGUUUUGGAUGAGGAAAGAAGGCAACGAAUCAGAGCAGAUCUUAAAAAUCUGGAUCGCUUUCUGGGAGCGUACCCAUUUGAAGAUUUGAGAAAGUGGACUUCACUGACGAAUCAUGUUUCAAAAAAACUUAUUGAACGCAUUGAACCUGUCAACAAGCGAGUGUGUUCUGUUAUGCAAUUUGAGGCCACUCCAUUUGUUCCUAAGGCUUCUGCGGCACCAGAAACACCAGCCGAGACCACAGAAUCACCAGCAGAGGCUGAGGAACCUAAAUGUGAAGAGGAUCUUCUACCGGCAAUGAAGCCACUUCCAGAUACGAUUCCGCGCUUUAGUACCUUCCCGGAGCACAAUUUCCCAGCUGGUAGCUCGGCGGCGGAGAUUUCACAGCACAGUAUGGAUCGUAGUUAUGUACUGGAGACCAUGAGCAAUAGUCUGCAUGCUGAGGAACGGCUGCUUGGCGAGCUGCAGCUGGCGUUUGUCUUUUCCAUUCUUGGCCAUGUGUACGAGUCGUUCGAACAUUGGAGAAAGCUGGUAGAGGUGUUUGCUACAUGCGACAGCGCCAUGCGUAAGCAGCCCAAGCUCUUCUGUGAAUUCAUUGCGGCCGUCCACUUCCAGCUGCGCGACUUGCCGGAGGACUUUUUCUUGGACGUUUCAGUGAAGAACAACUUCUUUGCGGUCACGCUGCAGCGCUUCUUUGCUGCCAUUGAGGAGGAUAGCCGUGUUCUUGACAAGUCGCUUGUGUCCCGUGCGGCAGCGUUUAAGCAGUAUCUGAGUGAGAAGUUUGAAUGGGAAUUUGAAGAUGAUGAUGCACCUGUUGUCGUCGAAUUGUAGGCAGUUUGUAGGACACUGGCAGAACACUGGUAGGGGAAAGUAGAUCAUUCUUUUUGCCCCGUUCAUGUGGUGGUUGAUUCUGCGAUCCUGGAACCAAGGACUCGUUGUAAAUAGCAUCUGGUUGUACAUAUUUUUUAAGAAAACCUCCUGCGGUCAUUUUGCCUUCUAGACGAUACAUCCAGGAGGUCGUUAAUUGCAGUGAUUUUCAAAUGGGAAAGUGCAGGCGCUUUCAACACUUGCAUGUACAGUGUAUUGCAUUAUUUCUUUUUUUCGAGCUCGUAUUCAUAUACGUUUGAGGGAUUGAAAAUCUUUUGAUGUAUGGUCUUUUAGAUUUAUUAUCAUGUUUAUCAUUGCUAUUUUGCUCCUUAGAUGGCACGAAGCAAUUUCUCAA